GCCAUCAACAAAUAGUAUUCCCACAAAAGGAAAGUAGUAGCUCCCUUUUACUAUUUUUAUUAUUUCUUCUUUCUCCCGUCGUUUCUUAUAUUUCUCAUGCCUCGUCCGUUUGGUGUUUGGGCUCCGGCCACCACCCUCGCUGAGUACCGCGCCCGCAUUCCGAACCCGCUCGCGUACAGCUUCAAAUGGGUGUACUCAAUGAAGAAGGAGGUCUUCUACCCGCCGGAGGCGCUGGCGCACUUCAAAGAUCCUCAGCAGUUCCGCGACGCCGUCGACACCGUCGUGGCGAUGCGUGUGUCGGACAAGAUCUUCGGAGAGGGCCAGAAGCUGCCUCGCCACCCCGUCAUCCUACUGGCCAUCGUUCUUGCGGUCCACGGCACCAUCAUCUACAGCGGUCUCAAGUACUACUACGGCACCCACAUGCCGGCGAACAACCCGACGUGGCGCAAGACCGUCAACAAGGAGUGGGAGGAGGCCAUCAACAACUCCCCGUGGGACCACAUGUCGCACGUGUGGCAGUACAGCGACGAGUACGCGGCCGUGCUGGGCGAUACCGCCGCGCCGGGUCGCCGCAAGUUCUACAUCCCUGCGUAA